GAUGAUUCAAGGAGUAACGUUCGUACGAUCUCGCUAGCUGUCGUACCACUUUCGAGCUUUUAACUCACACAUAUUUCUAGUGAUAUAUCUGCGAACCGCUUCGUGUUUGUUUCCUUAACCUUGCUCGGAGCGCAGUGACCGAGUGUCAUUCGAAUCCGCGAUGCACGCCCCCCUCCCAGCACCGUCGCUGCCCACACCCAAGGCUAUCCGUGUUAAUACUAGAGGGGCAGUUAUACUCGCAGAGGAGUCGCACGAGACUCGAGACAGUCGAGGAAUAUACCUCCCAAACUACAUUGAGCCAGUCUCACACAUCGCCCUCGACAUCGGUGGAUCUCUAGCGAAGGUCGUCUAUUUUACCCGCUCUCCUCACGCCCCUUCGUCCCCAUCUGUAUUAGCUACGCAGGGCAGUAGCUCCAGCUUCUCAACCCCCAACGGUUCUCCAUCUACGUCCCCACCGUUCGUCACUUCUCCUAUCCCCUCCAGCUCUUCACAUCCACGAAACGGGACUCUAACACCUCUUGUCCUUGAAUCCCAUUACAACGGAAAUGGACACAGCAACGGUCACCAUUCCCCAAACACCUUAGAUUCCCUCGACACCGACCUGCUGCGCUCUACCAUCCUGAAACGCACAACCGAAGUCCGACACAUCCCCGGCGGCUCCAUCAACUUUGAGCGAUUCGAAACAUCCAACAUUUCCGCACUUAUCGCUUUCAUAUCGGAGCUCAUAACUCGGUCUGCAGCUGCAAAUGGCGUCUCUAUUGAGGAGAUGCGCCGUGGGGUCAAGAUCAUGGCUACCGGAGGCGGCGCACACAGGUUUGGCAAACUGUUCGAGGGCGAACUCGAGGUGGAGGUGCAGAGAGAGGACGAGAUGGAGUGUCUGAUCGAGGGGAUGAAGUUUAUGGUGACGAUCCCAGAGGAGGUCUAUUACUUCUCGGAUGAACUCAUCCAGGAAGUAUCGCACCGCGACGCAUCGAAGGGCUUCCAGAGCCAGAUCCUGAUGGAUGGUCCUGUGUCGAGCGGGAAUGCGACGCCCAGCACGAGUGCCGAGCCCGUUCUGGAGCGGCCAUCACCGGACCCACCGCGGUAUGCCGUGACGUUUGAAACCAGUGAACCGUCUGCGCAUCUUCCUUGUUUGCUUGUCAAUAUCGGCUCUGGUGUAUCUAUCAUAAAGGUGGAUGCUGAUGGGUCAUUCGAGCGUGUGAGUGGAACCAGCCUUGGUGGGGGGACCUUAUGGGGACUACUCAGCCUGUUGACGCCCGCCCGGACAUUCGACGAAAUGCUAGAUCUGUCCGAAAAGGGCGAUAAUGCUAGUGUAGACAUGCUCGUCGGUGAUAUCUAUGGUACAGACUACAGCAAGCUCGGACUUAAAUCCACCAUGAUCGCAAGUUCAUUCGGCAAGGUUUUUAAAAACCGUGGUGAGGGGAAAGAAGAAGGUGAACGCGGAACGUUCCGAGCGGAGGACAUUAGUAGAAGUUUGCUCUACGCUGUGUCGAACAACAUUGGGCAAAUUGCGUACAUGAACGCAGAAAAGUAUGGUCUAGACAGGAUCUACUUUGGUGGUUGCUUCAUACGUGGACAUGCAGCGACGAUAGCUACAUUGUCAUAUGCUAUACGAUUCUGGAGCAAGGGAACGAAGCGCGCACUAUUUUUCCGGCAUGAGGGAUUCCUGGGCUCGAUCGGAGCCUGGAUCAAGAAUAUUGACGUGGAAGAAAACCAGACAUCGCAUCUGCCGUCAUAGUUAUUGUAAUAGUCCUGAAUCGGACAUUCAGGUGUAUGACUCUGUGCACCAACCCCUCUGUUCUCAUGUGCACUAUUUAUACCGCUCAUUCAUAACACUGUUUAUAUAGCUUCAGAUACGUAUCCUAUGUACAAUGGAAAGAAGCCAGCGAGGAUGGAAACAUGGAGUCUAUCAUGGAGCUGUUACCGAUUGUAAUCAGUUUGGAAUUUGCAAUCACUGGAUUUAUGGACAUGGCUUGCGUCUUAUGCCCAAGGUAGGUCGGCGAGUU